GUUCCUGUAGUAUAUAUAAAAAAAGGUUCACCAACAUUUUAUAUUUGUGUAUCAUCACUUUCAAUUGUAUGUAAAAAUCAUAAAAUAUCUAUCAAAUGUAUAUAAAUACUCUCUUGUUGAUGUUACACAUAAGUAAAUUGACCCAGACAAUACACUGUUUAUUAAGCAGUCCUUUAUGUUUAAAGAAAAAAUGGACAAAUAACAUUUAUAUUAAAAAAAAUAAGCCAGUUUCUAUUUUUUCCAUCCUUCCCUUUGGCUGUAGGAGGAAUUGAGGCGACGGGCCAGGUGGAAAGAGAGACUGACUCAGAGGCUGCAGCAACCCAAUGAUAGGUGGCAACUUCGCAUGAAGUUCCUCCAGCAGGCACAGAGCUACAUUGGCACGCCGUAUGCCAAGAAAUACCACCAGCCUGGAAGUCCUGAAUACGAAUCUCCCCUUUUCCUGGAUUGUUGUGGGUUCGUCCGGAGAGCAGUACAAGAUUUGGCAGACGAUUUUGGCUUCUACAUGGGCUCAGGCAACCAAGCCUAUCAGUAUGACACCCUUCCUCUGACGCUACCCAGCGAGGACCAUUUGAAGCCGGGCGAUCUUAUCUUCAUCUCGGGAGUUUACUUUGAUCCACAACGUAAGAGGCAACCCCACGACAUUGUCCAUGUGGAAAUCUGGUUGGGGGAAGGAGAACGCAGUCUGGGGGCCAGGAGGAAGCACGGCCGAGCCCAGGUCUUCGAUUCCUACAGGUUCGUCUCCAGCUCUUACGGAGACAUGAAAUAUCACUUCAAGUCCAUCGAGACAUGGCUGCAGGGGGUUUGUGUCAGCCAUUGUCCAGAACACAAAUGGACUUCAGCGAGGGACGAUGUGGAGAAAAAUUCUAUUUUCUACCCGCCGAGCGAGCAAGAUGAACCGGCAGAAGAGGAGGCCAGCCCUUCCCAAAGCCGGCCUCCCUCGCGACCCGCAGAGGCAGGAACGCUGGUCAGGAUGGCAUCCGUCACCAGAUCUCUCAGCACCUGCGGACCAAGCGGUAGCGAGCAGGUGGGGGCCCAGGAUCUUCAGGUGUGCUCCAGGUUGGGCUCGGAGCUCCCUAAGAUAACCUUGGGGGCAAAGGAUGGAGGUGUAGAAUCUGGCCAAAGUCGGGAGGAAGCCCCGAGCACCAACGAAGCAGGCGGUGAGGCUGUGGCAGGAGGAGAGCAGGCCCAGAGAGAAGGGGGCGAGGCAGACCGCGUGAAGACUCUCCCAGAAGAUCAAGGCCGGGACGCUCCAGACUCAAUCAGCGACUUGGCCCAGACUUCCGGUUGCAAGGUAAAGUCCAGCGGGGUCUUAAUGGGCCACGUCGGAAAGUGGAAAAAGGAUCCGAAGUCCACAACUCAAGGCGUUCUGUGCCCUGAUGGAUCUCCACCACUAGCCUCAGGUGAAUCAGACAGCCUUCCUCCCAGUUAGGAGAAGACGUGGCUUGGCUUGUGGGGUCUCCUGCCCACGGAAUCCCAGAUAUCCUCUGAGAAAUAGACACGUGUUCCCUUCCCUCCAAGUUGUUGCUUUCUCAUUUCCCACAAUGCCCUAGAGUAAUCCAAUGUGUGACAUUCUGAGAAAAUUAAGAGGGGGAAGCUUCUAAGGAAGGAAGCCUCAAUGAAGACAGUGUUGUGUCCCCCCCCUCCAGAGGCCAGAGUCGGACAGUGAAGAGGUUGGGGAGGAGCAUGGGCCAG